AUUCGUGUCCUUCCAAGCCUGCUGGCCUUUUCCCGCCCUUCUCUGGCCUUCGGCAGGAAGUCAGAGUUCAAGUCUCUCAGGCGUUUUACCUGCGAUGCUGGAGGGAUAGGAGGGCCAGUAGUUUGCAGACGUCAUUUUGAUCCCGAAUCUGAAGGUUCAAAGAACAUACUUUGGGAUUAUUUGCUAGGCCGAGGUCAGGGAGGCGGGAAAGGGCUGGGGUGGGCGGAGGGUCGGAGGUGAGAGGUCAAAGGCCAGAGAAGGGGGCGGAGCGAGGCGGAGGCGGAUGGCGGCUCUUCAGCUUGGGCAGCAGAGCCGCUGAAGCUGGGACGGGGGUCCGGUGCGUCCGGCGAGAGGAGCGGUGCGGCGGCGGCUCCAAACAUGCACAGCCUGGCAACGGCAGCGCCUGUGCCUACUGCACUAGCCCAAGUGGACAGAGAGAAGAUCUAUCAGUGGAUCAAUGAACUGUCCAGUCCUGAGACAAGGGAAAAUGCUUUGUUGGAGCUGAGCAAAAAGCGAGAGUCUGUCCCUGACCUUGCACCCAUGCUAUGGCAUUCAUUUGGUACUAUUGCAGCACUUUUACAGGAAAUUGUAAAUAUUUAUCCAUCUAUCAACCCUCCAACCUUGACAGCACACCAGUCUAACAGAGUUUGCAAUGCUCUAGCAUUGCUACAGUGUGUGGCCUCACACCCGGAGACCAGGUCGGCUUUUCUGGCAGCACACAUCCCACUCUUUUUGUACCCCUUUUUGCACACAGUCAGCAAAACUCGUCCCUUUGAAUAUCUUCGGCUCACCAGCCUUGGAGUUAUUGGGGCCUUGGUUAAAACAGAUGAGCAAGAAGUAAUCAACUUUUUAUUGACCACAGAGAUCAUCCCUUUAUGUUUGCGCAUCAUGGAGUCUGGAAGUGAACUUUCUAAAACGGUUGCCACAUUCAUCCUCCAGAAGAUCCUCUUAGAUGACACUGGUUUGGCUUAUAUAUGUCAGACAUAUGAGCGUUUUUCCCAUGUUGCCAUGAUCUUGGGUAAAAUGGUCCUGCAACUAUCCAAAGAACCGUCUGCCCGUCUGCUGAAGCAUGUAGUAAGAUGUUACCUUCGACUCUCAGAUAAUCCCAGGGCACGUGAAGCACUCAGACAGUGCCUCCCUGACCAGCUGAAGGACACAACCUUUGCCCAGGUGCUAAAAGAUGACACCACCACGAAACGCUGGCUUGCACAACUGGUGAAGAACCUGCAAGAGGGCCAGGUCACCGAUCCCAGGGGGAUUCCCCUGCCCCCUCAGUGAUCCUCGUUCCCUCUCACUGCUCCCCUCCACUGGGGAGUGAGGGUGAAACCUAUGAGGAAAACAGCUCAGGUUUUAUUGCUGGGAAUAGACAACCUCAGUGCUGAACUGUACUGGAGAAAAGGGGCAAGGUACCCUGAGGUGUGUGGGCUGACUUGGAGGUCCUGGAUCCCCCUGCUGCUCCCAGGAAUUGGGCUCCUGACAGCAGUCUGCUACCACAGCCCCAGAAGGGUGUCAACACCAGCAAAUGCUGUGUUUGCAGCAUGCCCAAGAUGACCCUGCUCCUGAACCUCUACCUAGCCACUUGUAGAGAGAGGAGACGUGGCAAUGGCAGCAACACUCUAGGCAUGAGAGCACCGGGGACCAAGCCAUGUGGCUUUUUUUUUUUUAAAAAAACUUUGCCUUCCUGGACAACUUAAGGUGUGUCUCUUAAUUCUCUCUCACAGUAUUUGUUUACUUUGGGUUUUUGUUUUUAAUCUCAAAAGAGAGAGAUGUGUUUAAUGGACACAAGCUGUAGUUCUCAGCAAAACUUUAUCAGUUGGCACUGUUUACAAGUCUGUUGGCUGCAUAAGCUCAAUAAAAAGUUGGUCUGGGCAUUGCAUCCCCUCUCACAGAGGUUGGGUGGCAUGGGAGGCAGGGGAAGAGGACAGCCCAAGGCCGAGCAGGAGCUCUGCCUGCUUUCUGCUCCUGUUCUUUCCCUCCCACACCUGGCUGCUGUGAGAACACUCCCCUUGUUCUGGCUUCAGCUGCUAGCCUACCCAGAUCUCAGCGCUUUCCCCUUUUUUACCAUUAGACUUAAAGCAGGUGUCUUAAUUUACUCAACCUUCCCUAAAAGAGAAUUGUAUUGGGGCAGGGGGAUGGCAGUUCUUCAGAUUCAGGUCUUCAAAGAUAAUUUCCGGGUGUCUUCUCAAACCGAGUAAGCGCCUGGAUCCAAAUGGUAGGCUACUUGACCCCAUUCUCUAGUGUGAGUUUCAGUAGCGCCAUCUACUCGUGAUUGUACUUGAAGCAGUAUUAGCUGAGUUUCUUCAGAUUUAAAAUGAAUAGCUGGACUCUGCUGGCUCAGUCUCCUCUCCCUUUUAACAUACUUUCUUAGGUCUAUGGAAACUACAGGGUUGCCACUGAAAUGUUUUUCUACUUGUUGAUAAGUGUCAGGGCUUCCCUUCAUCCCCAUGGGCUUGACUCUCAACCUGUUACUGUAAACUGCGAUCCUUCCCACCAUCAGCCUUUGUUUUCUCAUCCUCAUCUCCCAACAUGGGAUUGUUAAUCCAACUUUAGAAAGGGCCCAAAUCUUCAGCCCGUGUCUCAUACACUUGAAGAUGUCUGUAUUGAGUUUGAAGAGGUUAUAAAGGGACAGAUGGUCAUUGAAACCUUUGCAGAGGCAGUUGUGCCAACCCAAGGGCUCUUUCGUUGUUCAUUGGCUUCUGUCUUUAAAGCCAAGAAAGUAGUAAUUAAGUAGCCUAGAUUUAAGGAGGGUAGAAUAAGCAUUUAUUCCCCUGCCUUCCAAAUUGAAGAGGAGGACUUGGCCUCAAGCCUGAAGAAGAAAAGUCUCAGAAAGCAAAGAACAGCAUCACCUUGAUAAAUGUCUUGACUCACUCUGUGGCUUGUGAUCUGAAAAGUUCACUAGGGUACCCUGAUUUUUGAAAUCUGCCUUCCUGCUGAGCUGAAGUCUUUCAUUCCAAUUCACUUGGGGAACAGCUGAGGCUUGGGCCCUUGCUUCCUGGGACAUUCUCUCCAUCUUUUGGUGCAUUGGCCAUGUUACUGUGCCAAUAGUGUCUUAACUCAUGUCCCAUCUAUCCUCAGCUGGCCUUGGACCUACAUAGGAGUUGAAUGGGGAGGGGUACAAUGGGUCUUACUUCCUGUGGUUGGUCCUGAUGUUGUAUGUACUAUAUAAAGAGUCCUCUCCCCUUAUUUUGUGUUUUCCAUCCCUCACCUUCAACAGGAUUAAAAUAAAACAUGCUGUUUUUGUUUU